AUUGGUCCCAAGUUAUCCCGGCCCCGCCCUCAGCUACGCGGAUCCGCCCUUUGGACGCAGCUCAGCCUGUUGCUGCCAAACCAGCUGGCAUUUUGGAUUGAAAUCCUCAUUCAUGCACUCGAAACACUGACCUUUAAACUCAGGUUUAGGAGAUUAUUUUUUUGUAUUACUUUUCAGAAAGAGUCCAACGCUACCAUGCGGACCAACUUGGAGACUCUCUCAAGUGGAACUUCUGCCUGUAGAAGUUCACACCUCCCACUUUGCAGCCUGUGAUUUGGCCGGUUUUUCUUUUUUUUUGUGACUUUAAAUCUACUUUUACCUUUUAAUGCAUCAUGCGAACCUACAGCCGCGCAUUUAAGACGUUUGUUCAUGAGUAAAUAUAGUUUUUAUUUUUAUUUUUUUCACCCCUGCCCCACCUGAUUGUCACGCCACUCCCCCCCCCCCCACCGUGCAGAGCGCUCACCGCGGGGACCCCCACCCACGGCGGUCGGUCAGGAUGGGGACGCCGGGAGCGCUGCCCGUUUGGAAAGCCGCGAUUUUCCUCUUUAACCUCAUCUCCGCUGCUGUGGCCAAACGGCACGUCGUGUAUUGGAAUUCUACAAACGCAAGGUUAACGGCGGGAGACCUGUCCGUCCAGGUGAAUCUGAAUGACUACCUGGACAUUUACUGCCCCCACUACUCCGCCGAGGGGGCGCAGGGCCCCGGGCAGCCGGAGACGCUGGCCCUCUACCUGGUGGGGGAGGCCUCCUUCCGGGGCUGUGUGGAGACGAGAGGGGCCAUCAAGAGGUGGGAGUGCAACACCCCCCACGCGGCGUUCGGACCAGUGCGCUUCUCGGAGAAGAUCCAAAGAUUCACCCCCUUCUCGCUGGGGUUUGAGUUUCUGCCGGGGCGCCACUACUACUACAGCUCUCUGCCCGCCGACGAAGGGCCUCCUCUGCCAUGUAUGAAGUUGCGUGUCACCGUGUGCUGCGAGCCCAGUGAGUACCCUUCUCUUCAUCGGCUCCUUCCUCCCGCUUUGUAAACUACUACCAGGGCAAGUUAGUGCUCUCUCUACCCUCUCCCCCCUCUCUCUCUCCUGUAGUGAUCUCAUUCCCCAUUUCCAUAAAGGAAGCUAAAUUCAUCUCCAGAAUCUUGCAUCGUCUUCAACCUUGUGAGACUACGUCUGCUCCACUCUCCUCUCCACGUUGGCUGUUAACCUUAAUUGGAUUGGGUUUUUUUUUUGUUGUCUCCCCCCCCCCCCCUCCUUGUCUCCCUCGCCCUCCCACUCUCCAUCUCCCUGUCCCAGUGUGAAUUCCCAGAGUUGAUCUAAUCCAGAGAGCGCCUCGAGUAAUGUUAGUCUUCCAGUCCACUGAGCUGCCCGUUCCGGUUGGGAAUGUUGCCCAGUCACUGUGGGAAUCCCUGUACAGUUGUGUGUGUGUGUGAGUGUGAGCAUUUCUACGUGUAUGAUCAUUUUUGUGUGUGCGUGUGAAUGUGUGUCCCGUCAUAUGCUGGUCUGGGUCGUCUGUCCCAGUUCCCAUCCCAGUGCUAUCUGCAGGGGGCUUGUCGUGCGGCCCAGGCUGAACCAACACACAUUUUUUGCGUGUGUGUGUGUGCGCGCGUGUGUGUGUGUGUGUGUGACCUAUUCACUUAAUUUCUCCGUGUCGUUUAACGAAUACCUCCCAACCGCACCGCCUUCCUUACAUUCGUGUCACUUUGUAUAAAGGAAAGAAAUGUUUGGGCAUAAAAGGAGCCCCCUUCCUCUGGGAUGUAUCGUUAAAUGCCAUCGCGGUUCCAGCACGGGACGGGGAGUCGUUUCCUGCGUUGUUACCGGAGCGAAGGCUAAUAACUCAGAAAUGUUAAUCAUCCUGCUGUCAUUAAUUAGAAAUACCGCAAAAAAAAGCUGUUUACUGAGAAAAUGCUAAUGUGGUCUUCUGACCUUCUGAUAGUAUUCCCCAAUCAGAGUCACCUGGAGUGUGUGUGUGUGUGUGUGUGUGUGUGUGUGUGUGUGUGUGUGUGUGUGUGUGUGUGUGUGUGUGUGUGUGUGUGUGUCCAUGCUGACACCUGCUGUUUCCUUUCCUCACUCUUUCUCCUCUCCUCUCUCAUCCUGUUCCUUAACCAAAACUAAUCCCGACUAAAUGUCAGGAUCUCCCCCUCGUUGUCUUCAACUCCUCUGGCUCUUUCUUUCUAGUCUUCUGUCAUUCCUGAAGUGGCACUAAUCCUCCCCUUCUCUCUGUCUCCUCAGCUCUUCCUCCCCCCCUUCCUCCUUUUUUUAUGAUCUUUCGCUACUGGAGCAAAACUAAUCUGGGCUCCCCCCUCCUCCUCCCCACCUCGCACCCCACAGCAGUCCCUCACACUCCUUCCUCUUUUCCCUUCGACUCCGCCCCCCCCGCCCACACCCAAUUCCUCCUCCACCUUUCCCAUCUCUCUGUAGUAUCUCGGUAUUCGCCGACUGCCCCUCUCCUCCAUCUCUGUCGGGGCGCACGCUGUGCGGCUUGUGCGUCGGGAUGAGAAUACAUGAGGCCGGAGAGAGAAGAGCAAACGAGAUGGAUGAGAGGGGGGGAUGAAGGAGAGUCGGAGGGUCUCUCUCUCUCUCUGACUGUCCAUUAGCGGCGGUUUACCACAGCUGUUGUUGUGUUGUUCCCUGUGGUAACACCUUACAUACCCUCCGGUUGCUUCCUGCUCAGGUUGCCUUUUAUCUGACAGGUAGCAUGGCAGCAGGGUGUGUGUGUGUGUGUGUGUGUGUGUGUGGCCCUCGGUGAUGGCAGCCUCUCGUCCUUCAGCUGCAUCUUAUCUCGCAUCUGAACUUCAAACUGUGCACCUCCCCUUGUCUCCAGAAACUUUUGUCCCUUUGCUAAAAAGCAUGCAAUUAAAUGGUGUUUCCACGUGGGGAUCCCCUGUUGUGGGUGCUUUGAAUUAAUUACCAGCAGCUAUGCGGGCGCACGCACACACACACACACACACACACACCUGCCUCACACUGGUCUAAAGGACUUAGUGAUGAUGGGUCCGCCAGGUACGUUGUCAUUGCUCCAAGGUCAGCCACCACUCGCCGAUCCCUCGGCCUCCUCUCCAGUGUGCGGAUGUGUGUGUCUAAUGCCUUAAUUUAACCCAAGAAAGCAGGCAGGACACAUUCGGUGUUGCAGGGAGCUCCUAAUGACAUCGUGUGUGUGUGUGUGUGUGUGUGUGUGUGUGUGUGUGUGUGUGUGUCCUUGCGGCAGUGCAAAGCAGGAUUUGUAGGCGUUUUCUGGCGUGUGAGCCAAUGUUCAUUUGAACACAACGCAGUCAGGGCAGAGCGAGAAAGACUUGCCGAAAAAGUGCUUGAGCCUCUGUUGCAUCAGUAAAAUAGGCUCGGAGUCGUCAUCAGCAAACUGGUAUCAUGUAAAAGACCCUGCAGCCGCUCG